GGUGCAUAAUGUUGUUUUUCAACUAUGAAAAGAAGCAUAAAAUUCCAAAAACUAUUGUAAAACGGGACUUUACAGCUGUUAACGUCACUUUUUAAUUGAUAUGUCCUUAUCGAAUUGGACGCUGGAGCAAAUAUGGAUAGAAGAUUCACGUCCGGAAGAUAUUGCCACCCCACUUAUGACUAUUACAGCAGGUGUUUUUAUGAUUAUAGCGUCCGCUUUUGGAAUUUUUAUUAACAUUCUAGUCCUACACCGUUUCAUCGCCAAAAAUAUGUCGAGCUUCUAUCUAAUGUGCUCUUCAAAAACUGUAUCCAACUCGAUAAUUUUGUUCUGUUAUUUGAUAUUUAAUGGACCUGUUUCAGUAGGACGAAGUUAUUAUGGGCCCGAAUUUAUGAAUAUGUUGUUGAACCAAAUGGCUGCUUAUGGGAUUUAUGUACAAGGCCCAAUGACUCAAGUCUGCAUAUCAUUUAAUCGAUUUAUGGUGAUCUACUUUGUCUCGCUGGCGAAACGGAAAAGUGGGAGGCUAGCGACAAUUACAGCCCUUUGCACAUGCUGGACGAUUUCUUUUAUAGUUACAAUUGCGGGAAUUCCAAAGAACUGUACGAAUAUAUUCAAUUACGAAAUUCUGACCUGGGACAAUUUGGAUCCGUGUGUUGACAUUUUGGCGGACGCCGUGAUGUAUUGGAUCGGGUUUUUGGCGAUUAUCUCGAACACUUUUAAUGUGGUAGUUGCCGUGAAGCUUAUUGUGUCUGCGAGCAAACCCCACAUGGACUCCACAGCUUCAAAGCGUCGCAAAAGAACCUCCAGAAAUCUAUUCCUCCAGUCCUGCUUCCAAGAUUGGGUGUACCUAAUCGACACGAUAAAUAGUAUGUACAUCUACUCCUGGUUCAGCGAUAUUCUUUGGCAAUUUUUCUUCACGAUAUUUUCGAAUCUAAUGGUUCAUGUUACUGAUGGGUGUAUAAUGUUGUUUUUCAACUAUGAAGGAAAAAAGAAAACACUGACGUUGACUUUGAACAAUGUCAAGCGAGAAGUCACAGUUUUAACAGUCACAUUUUGAAAUAAAAAGUUUAUUUUUUUCAAGAUU